AAUCGAUGAAUUUAUAGCAAAGUAGGACGUGUCAAGUUUGCCGGAAGAUUCUCGCUCAGAAAAAAUCCACGGAAAGCACAGCGAAAAUGACAAAUCUAAAAGUGGUUCUUAACAAAUUCUACGACGAAUACGUUAAUCACACUCCUAAGAAGCUCAAAAUCAUUGAUGCAUACUUAUUCUACAUUUUGUUAACGGGAGUGGUUCAGUUUGUUUAUUGCUGCCUCGUGGGAACAUUCCCCUUCAAUUCAUUCCUUUCCGGAUUCAUCUCCUGCGUCAGUUGCUUCGUGCUGGGCGUUUGCCUGAGACUACAAUCAAACCCUCAGAACAAGUCACAAUUCUAUGGAAUCUCUACUGAAAGGGGCUUUGCUGACUUUAUCUUCGCUCAUAUUAUCCUACAUUUGGUCGUAAUGAAUUUCAUCGGGUAGAUUUUGGCUUCAUUUUUAUCAAAUUUUGUGCAUUGAAGAAAGAAAAUAAACAGGAGAUGUGAGCCAUUAAGGCUCUUUAUGGUAAAUCGA